UCUAUCAUAGCAAUACCGCAAUACUUCUCGUCAAAAGAAAAAUGCCGCUGCCAAGAAGAAACGUAAUGAUAAAGGUAUUUUGAUAGUGAAUUACAAUAAUUAUCAACAUCUUACGUAUUUUAAUGAGUUGGUUUUCUGCGUUGACAGUGGAAUUCGCGUAUUUUCUUUUAUACGUUAAUAUUUACGAUAUAACAUGUUUGAAAUGAACGCAGCCGAGCCUAUGCAAGUGGACGUUCCACCAGAGGACAAUGAAAACAAUGAGACAGAAUGCUAUGUAGUCGAGAAUCCCACCUUGGACCUAGAAACCUACGCUGCUUCCUACACUGGUUUUGCAAAGCUUUAUAGACUGAUGUUUGUUGCAGACCAUUGUCCAUCUCUUAGAUUGGAAGCUUUAAAAAUGGCUAUUUCUUAUGUCAUGACAACAUAUAAUGUAAGCCUAUACCAAACCCUUCACAAGAAGCUCGCAGAUGCAGUGGCCACAGCUGGGUUGCCAGAUGUUGCAGGCUCCCAGGACAUUCCUGUCUUGGACACCAUAUGGGUUGAGUCAAAAACCAAAAAAGCAGCAAUCAAAUUGGAAAAAUUAGACACAGAUUUAAAAAAUUACAAAACAAAUUCAAUUAAAGAGAGCAUCCGACGAGGGCAUGAUGAUUUGGGCGAUCACUAUCUGGAUUGUGGAGACCUAACAAGCGCUCUUAAGUGUUAUUCAAGAGCCCGUGAUUACUGUACAAGUGGCAAACACAUUAUUAUGAUGUGUCUCAAUGUAGUCAAAGUGUCAGUUUACUUGCAAAAUUGGGCUCAUGUGCUUAAUUAUGUUUCUAAAGCUGAAGGCACACCUGAUUUUAAUGAGGUUCCUGGCAAGGACUCAAACCAAUCCAUAUUAACACGCUUAAAAUGUGCUGCAGGCCUUGCGGAAUUAGCAACCAAGAAAUACAAAUCAGCUGCCAAGCACUUCUUGGCUGCAAGUAUCGAUCACUGUGACUAUCCAGAGUUACUGAGCAGUAAUAAUGUUGCUAUAUAUGGAGGAUUGUGUGCUCUUGCUACUUUUGAUCGCUCUGAGCUACAAAAGCAAGUCAUAGUUAGCAGUUCUUUUAAAUUAUUCUUAGAACUAGAGCCUCAGUUGCGGGACAUAAUUUUUAAAUUUUAUGAGUCCAAGUAUGCCUCCUGCUUAAGGCUACUAGACGAAAUACGGGAUAAUCUUUUAUUAGAUAUGUAUUUAGCACCACAUUUGAACUCAUUAUAUAUGCAGAUUCGCAACCGAGCAUUAAUCCAAUACUUCAGUCCAUACCUAUCUGCUGACAUGAGACUCAUGGCCGCUGCAUUCAAUCGCACAGUAAAUGCUUUAGAGGAUGAAUUGAUGCAAUUGAUACUUGAUGGGCAGAUCCAAGCCCGUAUUGACUCACACAACAAAAUAUUGUAUGCAAAAGAUGUGGAUCAAAGGAGCACUACUUUCGAGAGAAGUCUGGCUAUGGGGAAAGAGUACCAGCGACGGACAUCCAUGUUAAUUCUCCGAGCUGCUAUGCUUAAGAAUCAAAUACAUGUCAAGAAUGUUGGCCGCGACACGGGCCCUCAAAGUGGUGAAGCGCCUGGUUCCAGCACUAGCAUUACCCCUCGUUCUUUCGACACAGUGCCCUUGUGAUGAACUAUUCCUGUAAUAGUCGGCUGAACAUAUACAUGACUAUUUAAAUACAUUCCUACUAUUUUGAACUGCAGAACAAAACUAUAAAUACUGCCCACAUAAGGGCGAAGGAAUGUAUGUAUACAGUCAUGACAAUUAGAUCUUAUUUAAAAAAAACUUUGUGUACUGAUUAAUACCCGCUUUUAUUUUAUUUAAAGAUUUUCAAGGAGUAGACUUGUCGUUUACCUAAUUUGUCUGUGCAAGCAGCUGUAUUGAUUUUAAGAGAAACUAUUUCUCACAAAACGAGAACCGGUAAAGCUGGUGCAAAACAUCAUUUCACAAUAUUGUUUAUACUGAAUUAUUCUAUGUAACCACAAAAUAUGUCUAUGUAAUUUUGAUUAAAAGUAACUAUGGCAUAA